AUGGAGCAACAAGUUCAAUUCAGCAAUAUUUCUAGCCUUUCAUCGGACGAUCGAUGUUCGCUGGCUCGAUUCGGCCGUGGUCCAAGGCUUCCUGUUCUCUACGGCACCGUACACGAAGCUUUCGAGGCUAUAGUAGAUGCUCAUCCUACAAUCGUCGCAGCCGUGCAUAAUGGCAAAUUCAUCACAUACCAACAGCUAGAUUGUGCAGCUAACCGCCUUGCAAACCACCUCAUUAACUCAGGGCUUCGUCCGCACCAACGGGUGUGUCUCGUAGUCCAACGAUCAUUGGAAAUGCUUAUUGGAAUUCUGGCCAUCUUGAAGGCUGGCUGUCAAUACGUCCCAAUCGAUGGGGGAGUUGCGUCAGAGCAGAACUUGGAGCAUAUCAUCAAAGAUACAAAGGCUCGAUUCAUACUGUGUCUGCCAACGUAUUGGAACAGAGUCAUGCAAUUUGCACACCAAGACACUGUUGUUCUUGAGUUGGGCAUGGACACAGGAGCGUUUUAUUCCCCACAAAGACCUAAAGUACAAGUUUCGUCCGACGAUGGCGUAUAUGCCAUGUAUACAUCAGGUAGGGACUUCACUCCUGUAGCCUGGAGUACCGGUGUACCAAAAGGUGUAGACGUCAAACACGGUACUAUGACCAAUGCUCUUCUGUUGGAGCCAGGGCGAUUGCGAAUCACCGUUGGGUCAAAUGUUGCACAAGUGUUGAGUAUCUCCUUCGCCAUGGGCUCGUGGGAGAUGCUUGGGUCCUUGAUGAACGGCGGAACUCUGCAUCUCAGAGGAUCUGACUGGAAUGCCACUUUAGAAAAGGUCGAUACUUUGAUAUGCACUCCAUCGAUCCUCUCCAAGUACCAACAACGGCGCUUUCCCAACAUCAAGACAAUAGUUGUAGCAGGCGAGCCAUGCCCGCAGGCUCUAGCGGAUGAAUGGGCCCAGGGAAGGGACUUCUACAACCUUCUUGGCUCGACAGAAGUGUUUCUAUUCUCUGCGCAUAGACACGUCCCGGGGGAGCCUUUAUCCAUUGGCAGGCCGCUACCCAAUAUUACCUGUUACAUUCUCGAUGAUGCUGGGGAGCCUGUGCCCUUUGGACAAAGGGGCACGUUGUGGGUUGGCGGUGCAGGCGUUUCGCGAGGAUACAUCGAUUUGCCAUUGACGACUGCAGAGAAAUAUUGCCCGGAUAAAUUCGCAAAUGAUGGAACCUUGAUGUUCAAUUUUGGCAACAUCGUAUGCUGGAAAGCAGAUGGCUCCUUGGACUCGUUUGGACGAAUGGACGAUCAAGUCAAAAUCAAGGGGUUCCGGGUCGAGUUAGACGGCGUCACAUCAGUUAUCGAGAAAUUCCAUGGCAUCACACAAGCUGCUUCUUUGAUCAUGAACGGAGCUCUCCAUGCCUUCUAUGUUUCGACCGUCUCGAUUGAUGAGAGGGAGCUCGACGCUUUCACUAGGAAGGACCUGCCCUAUUACUCUGUACCUGAGAAAUGGAUUCGACUCGGCUUCAUCCCCUUGAAUCCGAACGGCAAGGUAGACAAAGUUGAGCUCCAAGCAGCAGCUCUAAGACUCGAUGGAACAACCACAGUCAUUAAGGUGGAGAAGCCGUCCCACAACAGGCACGACUCGGCUUUCGAUGACCUGAUUAUCCAGAACGAAGUCACCUUACCUUUACCUGUUCGAACUCAGAAGUCACCACUGCCGUCCGCGGCAUCGAUCUACGAUGUUGAUCUCGAAAAGGGCCCUCGAGUCUCGCUAAGCAAGGCUUCAAACUUGUCUUCGCCUUCUGAGAGUGCUGUGUCGGUUGACACACCAGUCGUACUUCCCGGAACAAAGGGCCCGCCAGCACAAGCCUGGCUGCAGCAUCGCGCACUUAUCACCUAUCGCAUGUUGCUCCUUUUAGUUGUACUUGCAAAUAUCGGAGUUGCGUGCGGGAUUCUUUAUCGGUACAUCAAACAUAACGCAUUCCCUCUCCAGUCAGUCGCGACAGCUACAGCAUCGAAUCUUUGCGCCGCAAUCUUGAUACGCUCAGAACCAGUCAUCAAUCUGCUUUUUAUUGUGUUCUCUUCUGUGCCUACCUGGGUUCCACUAAGAAUACGCCGGAUCUGCGCCCAUAUAUACCAUCUUGGUGGUAUUCACAGCGGCUGCGCCGUUGCUGCAGUAAUUUGGUUCAUGAUCUUCACUGUUGGUAUCAGCCUAGAACUUGCGAAGGGAGCAGGUGCGAGGGCCAUAUCGCUAGCUCCAGCAAUACUGUCCUACGUGAUUGCUGCACUGCUUAUUACCAUGGCUUUAUUGUCUUAUCCAACACUGCGCGCUAAACACCACAACCUGUGGGAAAACACGCAUCGAUUUGGUGGCUGGACAGUGCUCAUCCUCUAUUGGAUACUAGUCGGAAUCUCCACCAAAGAUUUGAGCCCUCAAUCAUCGACGACGUCGAGUGCCUUUCUUCAUAAUCCUUCGAUUUGGCUUCUCACGGCUGCCACAAUCGCCAUCGUAUUUCCCUGGCUCUUCCUCCGCCGGGUUCCUGUCCGUUCAGAAGUUCUUUCUUCCCAUGCCGUUCGUCUACACUUCGAUCACGCGAAUCUCUCCCCAGGACAGGGUGUUCGUCUCGCCGAAAGACCACUCAGCGACUGGCAUGGCUUUGCCACCAUAAAGAAUGUUAACAAAAACGACCCCACCAGCGCUGCAAAGGGAUUCUCGGUGAUUGUUAGUCGAGCAGGAGACUUUACGGGCCGCGCUAUAGACACUCCGCCGACACAUAUAUGGAAGCGUGGGAUCCCUACUUGCGGAGUCCUCCGCAUUGCCACUUUAUUCAAGAGCGUAGUACUGGUGGCUACAGGUUCGGGCAUUGGCCCAUGUCUCUCCAUCUUCCCCUACCAAAACAUCGUUAUGCGGAUCCUCUGGACAGCCUCCAAUCACGAAGCUUCGUUUGGAAAGUCUAUCAUCGAAGAUGUCCGCAGAAGAGAUCCAGAUGCGGUCAUCCAUAACACACGAACGCAAGGUAAACCAGACAUGAGUCUGAUGGCAUAUAGACUGUAUAAGGAGUGUCGUGCCGAGGCAGUGCUGAUUAUCAGUAAUAAGAGACUCACUACGCAGAUCGUAUAUGACUUGGAGAGAAGAGGUAUUCCGGCGUACGGAGCGAUAUUCGAUUCAUAA